GAAGGCAGGAGGCGGGCAACCUCGGCAUAGCGGUUAGCGACGGCGCGCGGUUCAGUGCUUCCCUCCAAUCGACGUCAGUGCCCAGGUGGUCAGCUCCCUUCCUUACAUCUCCCUCUACAUUCCCACUCACCUCAUGUUGUUUAAUUUAGGACAACGAGCUGCUAUAGCAGUAGCCAAAAUCAUACUAUCUACAUAAUAAAUAAAUAAAAAUGUCCGUAACCAGAUGUUCGAGAGACCUUGUAGGCCUAUCCCGCCAAUUGGCCCGACAAUGUACUAGACCGUCUACCAAACACUCUCGUCGACCUCCUCACCUUCGACUCCCUACCCGAAGUAUCGCCUCUUACACGGCCCCAUACCAAGCCAAUGCUAUAUCCGUAAUACAAAGUAAUAUAGACUCGACAUCGGACGAGUUCAAAGAAAAUGAGCGGCUUAUGGAAGAAGCUAUGGCUCGGCUGGAGAAGCUAACGAGCUCGGCACAACAAGGUGGACCGGUGAAGGCCAGGGAAAAGCACAUCGCGAGGAAAAAGAUGCUACCACGAGAUCGAGUUGCGGCAUUAGUAGAUCCGGGGACAACAUUUAUGGAAUUAUCGCCUUUGGCUGGCCACGAGCUCUACCCCGAGGCAGAUGUACCAGCAGGAGGCAUCAUAACCGGAAUCGGAGUAAUUGAGGGUGUUACGUGCGUCAUUGUAGCUAAUGAUAGCACGGUCAAAGGCGGAACGUAUUACCCUGUCACGGUAAAGAAGCAUUUAAGAGCCCAAGCUGUAGCCCAGGAGAAUAAACUACCUUGUAUAUACUUGGUGGACUCUGGCGGCGCUAACCUACCUCAUCAAUCCGAUGUCUUCCCGGACCGCGACCAUUUCGGUCGUAUUUUCUACAAUCAAGCGAGGAUGAGCUCCCAAGGUAUUCCUCAGAUCUCCGUGGUCAUGGGUCUAUGUACGGCCGGGGGAGCGUACGUCCCGGCCAUGAGCGACGAGAACAUAAUAGUAGAAGGUCAAGGACACAUCUUCUUAGCCGGCCCACCUCUCGUCAAGGCCGCGACGGGCGAAGAAGUAUCGGCUGAAGAUCUUGGGGGAGGUGCUAUGCACACUUCCGUAUCUGGUGUAUCGGAUUAUCUAGCUGUCGACGAUGCACAUGCUAUUGUGCUUGCAAGAAGGUGUAUUAGCAACCUCAAUUGGCCACGCAAGCCUCCGCCUGCUUCGACGACCUAUUCCGAACCCUUAUACCCACCUUCCGAACUUCUAGGUAUAGCCUCGACGAACCUGCGCAAGCCCCUACCGAUACACCAAGUCAUCGCCCGAAUUGUCGACGGCUCACACUUCUCCGAAUUUAAGCGAGACUACGGGUCGACACUAGUAACGGGGUUCGCAAGUAUCUAUGGACAUCGAGUAGGGAUUGUAGCAAAUAACGGGAUUCUAUUUGGUACAUCGGCACAAAAGGGCGCGCACUUCAUCGAACUAUGCGCUCAACGCGGAGUGCCUCUUGUCUUUUUACAGAACAUCAGCGGCUUUAUGGUGGGCGCACAAGCCGAACGCGACGGCAUCGCCAAGCACGGAGCUAAGCUAGUCACGGCGGUCGCGUGUGCUGAUGUUCCCAAGUUCACCGUGGUUGUCGGGGGUAGUUACGGCGCCGGGAACUACGGCAUGUGCGGUCGUGCUUACAGCCCUAGAUUCCUUUGGAUGUGGCCUAACGCGCGUAUCGGCGUCAUGGGCGGCGAACAGCUCGCUAGUGUCAUGGAGACGGUGGGGCAGAAGGCAGAUCCAGAACUUAAGGAUCGGAUCGAGCGCGAGAGCGACGCCGUGUACUCUUCGGCUAGGCUAUGGGACGACGGGGUAAUACCGCCACAGCACACGCGGCGCUACCUGGGGCUGGGGCUGAGGGCCGCGCUGUCGGGUAGCAACGAGGUUCAGCCUGGUGAUACUAGAUUUGGGGUGUUCCGGAUGUAACCACUUUACCAGAAUAUGCAGUGUCAUGUAGGCACGGGGUAGUUGGUCGUAGCUAGGAUCAAGCCUCAAAUCAAAUCUACUGGUUCCUAUCAAUCCAAGCCAAGCUAAGGUUCUAGAUACUACUUACCUAGGUAGAUACGCGAUUUGCAGCUUUAGCCUUUGCAUCCUGCCUUACCUGCCUGGGUACCUACCUAGGUUAGACACUUAAGCGUGACGCCCCAAGGCCUUUUGAAGCGGUGAAGGGUUGUCUCGCGAGACCCCCUAGGUAGAUUUAUGAUUCUCAUUCGUCCAGUGAAGUAGGCAGAUACUUCAUCAUACAUAGACGUCUGUUGGCUGUGUUUUGGUUGCCUAACUACCUACAUAGGUACGAAUCAAGGCCCGUCCUUGUAGUAACAGCGGGUGUUUAGUGUAGGAUCCAAAGGAACAACUAAGAGACGCCCGUAUUUAGGCCAAUUAA